AUGGAGCAAUUUGACGGUUUCGAAUAUAACAAGAGGGAUCUUCUGGGUCAUGGAGCGUUUGCGAUCGUGUACAGAGGCAGAUAUGUUGAUAAACCAGAAGUACCCGUUGCAAUAAAAGCUAUUGCCAAGAAGAACAUUUCCAAAUCCAAAAACCUCCUAACAAAAGAAAUCAAGAUCCUCAAGGAGUUAUCAAGUCUGAAACAUGAGAAUGUUGUGGCUCUUCUCAAAUGUACAGAGACACCGACACAUGUCUACUUGGUGAUGGAAUUUUGCAAUGGAGGAGACUUGGCAGACUAUCUGCAACAGAAGACAACGCUGAAUGAAGAUACGAUACAGCAUUUUGUUGUGCAGAUUGCCCGUGCCUUGGAAGCCAUUAAUAAAAAAGGAAUUGUGCAUCGUGACUUGAAGCCCCAAAACAUUCUUCUCUGCAAUCAUUCACGAACGCAAAACCCUCAUUUUUCUGAUAUCACUGUAAAGUUAGCGGAUUUCGGAUUUGCACGGUUCCUCAACGAUGGUGUCAUGGCCGCAACUCUAUGUGGAUCCCCAAUGUACAUGGCGCCAGAAGUCAUCAUGUCAAUGCAAUAUGACGCAAAAGCAGAUCUUUGGUCGAUUGGAACCAUUUUAUUCCAGUGUCUGACAGGAAAGGCUCCGUUCGUUGCACAGACACCACCACAACUUAAGGCUUAUUAUGAAAAGACUCGAGAACUGCGGCCCAAUAUUCCCGAGUGGUGCAGUCCGAACCUCCGUGAUUUGUUACUAAGACUUCUUAAAAGAAAUGCGAAAGAUCGAAUCUCAUUCGAAGAUUUCUUUGCUCACCCGUUCCUUACCACACCUCUUAUGCCAUCCCCCUCAAAACGUAUUCUCGAAAGUGCACGGUCUCCAAUUCCGAAUCGUCGUAUCAUUACGCCACAGUCGGCGCUGCCUGUGCCUAAGCGAGCCGGUUCGGCUAAAAUGGAGAGUCCGACACCGUCCAGGAGAAUCGGAGAAUCGCCACGUGUCGGUCGGAGGGUCAUCACACCAUCUAUGAACUCACCAGUGCCGGGAGCAGCACCGCCAAUGCAAGAGAGCACUGACUUCACAUUCUUGCCACCACGACAAGAGAGUAGUCCAGUCAAACAGGUUCAAGUGCACACCAAUGUCUCACCAUCACUAACCACUUGCAAACCAGUCCCGGUACCCAGCCAACGUUUGACCUAUCAAAAAAUGGAAGAACGGCUAGCAGCGGCGCGCAAGACUACCGUACCUUCCCCAACUCAGGAGGCGCAGCAGCAGGCUGCUUUGAAGGUGAUACCUCAAGAAAUGGAACAUGCGAGAAGAACGACGUUGCCAGACCCGAAUGCACAGGAUAUUGAUAAAUUGACGCUUCCGCAUCCGUCCUUUGUUGUAUGUGGAAAUGGUGCCGCUCGUCAAUCGAACACACCAUCAUCGACCAACAACACCAACACGCCACCCACGUCACGUGUCCGUCGCUCAACGAUCUCCUCCACCGCCGCCGCCACAGAAGACCUCCCUCCUGCAGUUUCUGGCAAAGUGCUUCAGAAUGUAACCGAGCAGCCACAUUCCCAAAGUUUCCCCAAGUCCGCCACCACUGCCAAUAUUCAAGGAAUUCCUCGUGGCAAUCGAGAUCGAUCGGUGACCGGGCCACCACCUCCGGUCGCUACGAUACAUGAGAAUGAGCCAUUGGAUAAUGCAAAGUAUCAGCAGACUGAUGUGAACUCGUCGCCGACUGGCGCAGGCACACAGCCAUUUGUGAUUAAUAAGAAUCAAGCAAAUGACUCCUCCGACGACGAGGAGGAAGAAGACGUCCGUGAGCCAAUGAGUCUUCCUUUCGCCUCUGGAAGCCACCUACCCCCACAAUCUUCUUUCAAGAAGAUCGCAUCGGACUCAAAACUGACAACGAAUACUCAACAUCAUCAGAAUGCAAAUCAGAACCAGAAUCAGAAUCAAAAUCACCAACCCCAAAGACCACAACAACUUUUGGGAUCGCCAAUCGGAUUUCAGGAUAAUUCAGGACCGGGCUCUCCUAUGGAACAAGAUGGUCCUGCACCCCCACCAGCACUUGAUCAGGAAAUCGUUCUUGGAGAGGAGCAUAAACAAAUUUUGGCCAAACUAAGAUUUGUGGCCGAGCUAGUUGAUACACUGAUGCAUGUAGCCGAACAGAAAGAUAACCCGCUGGCAAGCGCCAUGGCAUCACGAAGACAGUUGCUUACCACUGGAACAUCCACUACAAACACAUCAUCUCCAUAUAGAAGAGCUGAGCAACUGGUGGUUUAUGUCCGAGCACUUCAUAUGUUGUCAUCGGCUCUUCUAUUGGCACAGACUAAUGUUGCUAAUCAUGUGUUACAUCCAUCACAGGCGGUACAACAAGUGUUGAAUCAGUUGAAUGACAAGUAUCAUCAGUGCCUGGUUCGCUCUCAAGAACUAGCCUCCCUUGGCCUCCCUGGUCAAGACCCAGCAAUGGCUGUUAUUUCAGCCGAGCGGAUAAUGUACAGACAUGCUAUUGAGCUAUGCCAAGCGGCUGCUCUCGAUGAGCUUUUUGGAAACCCACAUCUGUGUAGUCAACGAUACCAAACCGCCUACAUGAUGCUUCAUACACUCGCCGAGCAGGUCAAUUGUGAUCAGGAUAAGACUGUGCUGACAAGAUACAAAGUAGCUGUCGAAAAACGUUUGCGUAUCCUGGAACGACAAGGAUUUGUUGCUGCUGUUAACACAUAA